AGUCCGGAGAAGACUACACUCUCCUCUCCUUCUCCUCUCUCUUCUCAUCGAUAACGAUGGAGUCAAGUAGCAUCCUCGAUUCCCUCGGAGUCGAGAUAAUCGGCGUGAUGGCUCCGGUCUCCAUCUGCAUGUUCCUCGUCGUCCUCCUCACCUACUCCCUCUCCGUCACCUCCGACACUCAGAUCCGCACCGCAGCUAACCUCAUCUACAUCGAGAACCCCUCCGACUCCGCCACCGUCAAGCUCGAAGGCAGCCUGGAGAACGCGAUCGUCUUCGUCGUCCUCGUCGCCGCCGUCACUUUCGUCCUCGUCCUCCUCUUCUACUACAACUUCACCAAUUUCCUCAAGCACUACAUGCGCUUCUCCGCCUUCUUCGUCUUAGGUACCAUGGGAGGGGCAAUUUUCCUGUCGAUAAUCCAGCAUUUCUCGAUCCCUGUUGAUUCGAUCACGUGCUCGAUACUGCUAUUCAAUUUCACGAUCUUGGGGACGUUGUCUGUGUUUUCUGAAGGGAUGCCUAUUGUGUUGAGGCAGUGUUAUAUGGUUGUGAUGGGGAUUGUUGUUGCGGCUUGGUUUACUAAGUUGCCUGAGUGGACUACUUGGUUUAUUCUUGUGGCUUUAGCUUUGUAUGAUUUGGUUGCUGUUUUGGCUCCUGGUGGACCUCUUAAGCUCUUGGUGGAGCUUGCUUCUACUAGAGAUGAGGAGCUUCCUGCAAUGGUGUAUGAAGCUAGGCCUACUGUUUCGAGUCACCGAGGGAGGAACGGUGGUGGUGGCUCGAGUUUGAGGGUUUUGGUUGGUGGUGGUGGUGGUGGUGGGGGUGGGGUUUCGGAUUCUGGAUCAGUAGAGCUGCAAGCAGUGGGGAAUCAUAAUGCAAACCUGGAUUAUAACGCUGUUGCAGUGAUGGACAUAGACAGUGGAGAUGGUAAUGGGAAUAGAGAUGGUGUUGUGCGUUCACCUCUCACUGGAAAUGCCAGGGAAAGACACUUUGCAUCUCCCUUGUCAUCAGAGCACUCAGCGGUAAACAGAGAAAGUGUUGCAGAGGAAGAAAUGUCACCUCUGGUUGAGUUGAUGGGUUGGGGAGAUAAUAGGGAAGAAGCAAGAGAUUUGGAGGAGUCAGAUAACAUCGAUAGAGGCAUCAAACUUGGUCUUGGAGACUUUAUUUUCUACAGUGUUCUUGUUGGUAGAGCAGCCAUGUAUGAUCUGAUGACAGUGUAUGCUUGUUACCUUGCCAUCAUCUCGGGACUUGGUUGCACUCUUAUUUUGUUGUCCGUCUACAACAAAGCACUUCCAGCUCUUCCCAUAUCCAUCAUGCUUGGCGUCGUCUUUUACUUCUUGACACGAUUGUUGAUGGAACCGUUUGUUGUGGGCAUGACAACAAACUUGAUGAUGUUCUGA